AUGCGUUCGCUCCAGGGUGUCGUCCGCUCUGCGUCGCGCACGCUCCGGGCCACACAAUGGCGACCCCAUGAGCCAGCAUCUUUCCUCUCCGGCGCAAGUCGGCCGUUAUCGGCACAUUCGAAAGCACUCCAUACCGCGGGUCCGCGCAAGUCCUCCGCAGCAACGGCGACAUCGAGAGACUCGACAAACCCGGCAAUGUCCUUCCCCUGCCUCGAUGCCCAGGACGCCAAGUCAGAACUACUAUCUGCCCGGUCCUUGCAGUCGGGCCCCGAACCCUCCUACACGACGGGCCAGCAUGAACGGUUUCACUGUGAGGAGCCCUUGCUACUUGACUGGGCCGGUGUCCUGCCGGAGUUCGAUAUUGCAUAUGAGACGUGGGGUCAGUUGAAUGCAGACAAGAGCAAUGUGAUCCUCUUGCACACGGGAUUGUCGGCGUCUAGUCAUGCGCACAGCACAGUCUCCAAUCCGAAGCCCGGCUGGUGGGAGAAGUUUAUUGGACCCGGUCUACCUCUGGAUACGGACAAGUACUAUGUGAUUUGCACGAAUGUGCUGGGUGGCUGCUACGGCAGCACGGGGCCAUCCUCGGUAGAUCCCUCGGAUGGGCAGCGGUAUGCGACGCGCUUCCCAAUCUUAACACUGGAUGACAUGGUGCGUGCUCAGUUCCGUCUUCUGGAUGGCCUGGGCAUUCAAAAGCUGGCAGCAUCCGUCGGGUCAAGCAUGGGCGGUAUGCAAAGUUUGGCUGCGGGUGUCCUGUUCCCCGAGCGCGUGGGUAAGAUCGUUAGCAUCAGCGGCUGCGCUCGCAGUCACCCGUACAGUAUUGCGAUGCGGCACACACAGCGACAGGUGCUGAUGAUGGACCCGAAGUGGGCGCGAGGUUUCUACUAUGAUGCGAUCCCGCCACACUCGGGGAUGAAGUUGGCGCGAGAGAUUGCGACAGUCACUUACCGCAGCGGGCCUGAAUGGGAAAUGCGGUUCGGUCGUCGUCGGGCCGACCCCAGCAAGCAGCCUGCAUUGUGCCCAGACUUCCUUAUCGAGACAUACCUGGACCACGCCGGCGAGAAAUUCUGCUUGGAGUAUGACCCCAACAGUCUGCUAUAUGUGUCCAAGGCCAUGGACCUCUUCGAUCUCGGCCAUGAGCACCAGACUCAAACCCGUCGCCGCCGCGCAGAGGCCGAGUCUCGCAUUGCGCGCGGCGACGUCUCGUCGGAGGUAUCCGAUCCCGCUUGCAGUCUAACCCUGCCUGACAAGCCAUACGAGGAACAACCCGAGGCCACAGCCUCAGUUCCUCCUGCCAACCAGUCCGACCCCCCACAAGACCUAGUCAUGGGUCUCGCCCCUCUGAAGAACCACCGAGUUCUCGUCAUGGGCGUCGCCAGCGACAUCCUUUUCCCUGCCUGGCAGCAGCGCGAGAUUGCCGAGACCCUCCGUGCAGGCGGCAACACGACCGUCGAGCACAUUGAAUUGGGCGAGGACCUCUCGCUUUUCGGUCAUGAUACCUUCCUGUUGGAUCUUAAGAACAUCGGUGGUGCAUUGGGCCGCUUCUUGAAGUAA